AUGCGGAUGCAAGCCAUCGAAACAGACUUUGGUUUGGACCUAUUGCGGCGGGCGCCAAUACAACAAUCGUGUGUACUAUCACCAUUAUCUGUGAUGUUCGCUCUUGCAAUGGUGCAAGUGGGAUCCAAAGGCAAUACCAAGAUGCAAAUCAGCAACAAAAUCUUAGAUGGUGCAUCGGACGAAACACUUCUAAGUCACCUUUCAAAACUGUCGGCUGAUAUCGCAAAAGCAAAGAAAGGAGUUCAAACCAAAAUUGCCAAUGGUUUUUUCUUAGACGAGUUAUAUGAUGACAAUUUGAACAAGAGCUACGUUGAGAAGAUAAGAAAACAUUUCUCGGCCAAGGUUGCUACUCUCGACUUCUCCGAUGCAGUGACCUCAGCAAAGGAAAUCAACGAUUUUGUCAGCAAUUCUACUAAUGGGAAAAUUAAAAAACUGGUUAACCGGAACACAAUUAAAGAUGCGUUUUUCGUGAUUACAAACGCAAUCUAUUUCCAUGGUAUAUGGCAGGAUAAAUUUUCCAAGAACGCCACUGCGAAAGGAGACUUUUUCACGGCCGAAAACAAAUCCAAGGAGCUGGAUUUUAUGAAAGCCUCUAAAGAGAAACGCAUGUACGCUGAAGACGAGGACUUACAACUCUUGUCGCUAAAUUAUAUGGAUCGGUCUUAUGCGCUGAAUAUUAUAUUGCCUAAGAAAAAAUUCGGACUACAGCCACUGCUAGCCAAAAUGACUGGAACAAAACUUCAGAAUUUGUUACGUCGUUUAGAGAAUAAAACAAUCACUAUAAGCCUGCCUAAGAUUAAGCUGGAGACAAAUUUCAAGCUGAAGGAAGCUUUGAUGGCUAUGGGUAUAACCGAUAUGUUUGGAUGGCAAGCUGAUCUAAGUCAAAUAACUGAUCAGUACGCUCUUUAUGUGUCCGAUGCAGCUCAUAAGGCUGUUUUUGAAAUGGAUGAGGAGUCUACGACGGCAGCUGCCGCGACUGCUUUCCGGGGCAGCUACAAAAGCCUCGUUCGCAAACUCAACUUCAUCGCUGACCACCCUUUCCUGCUCCUUUUGACGAAAUCUCGUCAUCCGUUGUUCAUUGGGAAAUUCACAGGCAACUGA